AUGCAGUGUCCAUGGUUCGGGACGGAAAUGCAAUGGGAGAUGGAGAAGAGGGUGGAGGGGGCACAGACGAUGUUGAUGCGGAAAGAGCGCAGAUGCAAACAGAGGAGGAGCGGAGCAGAUGCACGCUUGACCGCCGCCCCAAAUGUAGCGAAACAAUCUCGUGAGCGGGCAGAGAGGGAGUUGACCUGCGACAAGCGGGCGUUGCGCGUGGAAAGCGCCCGAUGGGGGAUGAAGGGUGCAAGGAAUGCAUCGUCUAGGAAACGGGGAAUGGAACUCACAACGGCAAACCGCGUGCCCCUGAGUCUGCUAGACAUGGGGCAGCCGUGUCUUCCUGUAACCACGAUUGCGUCUACGCAGCCGAAAGCAGCAAUGCAGACUGAGAUGAUGUCGCGCAUCAUUCGAGAUCACAACGUCGAGCAUUCCACGGGAUAA